AAAAAAAUUUUUUUUUCUCCAUUACUAUUUGUUUGGACGAAUUCUUUAAAAAAAUUUCAGUGUAUUAAUUUUAGGGAUUAAAGGAAUUUUAAUAUUUCGUGGAAGGAGAAGUGUUUUCUUCGUCAUCGAUGGAAAAGCUGAGCAUUGCUGUGACGUCAUCGAAGUGGCUAAAAGUGAUGAGUCUGGUCGUUGUGAUGGGUAUGCUGACGUCAUUUCCGUUAGUACAUGCCAGGAUUGACUACAAGUGCUUGUUUGGACCAAUAAGAACAGUAGUCGCCCCAGACGGUCGCGUGCACGAGUUCUGCCACACACAGAUGGCUCACCCCAGUCAGUUUAUGGACAAGGGUGAGUUCAUCGAGGGCACCAAGGACGGCAUCUGCUACGAGUGUGUCUGUGAGGACGGGAUUGGCCUGGCUUGCUGCGAGUGUCCAAGGAAACGGCGCCGUGGAUGACGGGUCAGCUGAUCCACUGGAUGAAGCAUGGAUGAUGGAUGACUGGAUGCAAAGGGGCACAU